AUGGCUUUUGUGCUUUUAUGUGACAGAAGCUAGCAAGUACGAGUAAGAAAGCAUAGUAAAGAUGAUGAAGCUUAGAAAUUUGAUGGUUUUCUGUCUGAUUCUCACUUGAAUAAUGUUAGUUUUAUCUAAUUCUUAACUUUAUUAGCUGGUGGAAAUUCAAGCAGAAGAGCAAUAAAGAGGUUAUAAACGUUGAUUCCUGCUGCACUCUAAAGCUAACUCUAGCAGUAACUCUAGGACCUAUUAAAUUAGAAUCUACCUACUUUAUUACAAUAAUUGACAGCUAUACCUAUCUUGACUCUUUUACCUGAACCUCUCCAGACUCUGUUAUCCAUACCAGUUUUGACUCUCUUACCUAUAACUAUCUUGACUCUUCCUCCUACUAUAGACCUAGUGAUAGAAUUGCCAAUCCCUACUGUGGCUCCUUUGCCAAGUGCUUAAAUUGCUACUAUUGCUCCUCUCACAUUUGCCCCUGCGCUGACAUUCCCUAUUGUGACGUACGAUGCAGCUACUGUAACAGCAUAACCAAAAGCCUCGGUGACCACGUCACAAAGUUUUUCAACAUCUUACUGUGAUACUACAGUAGCUACAACUACUACUUCCCCUUGUGAAACUGCAACUACUUAAACUCCUGAGACAACUUAUUGUAAUAGUAUGACUUAAGAGCCAAUAAAAACAUAAAAUUAUGAAUUCUGUCCACCUUCUGAGCCUUAAUACAAUUAUAAUGACAAAUUUUAUAAGAAAAGAAUUCAAAUGAAGCAUAAGAAAAAUUAAUGA